ACGGCAGCGACGCAGGUCACUUCGUGUGUCAAGGGCAGUCUCGGAGUCUCUGCUGGGGACGGACACCGGCUCGGGCUCCGGCUGGGAAACGUCUACCGAGGAUGCAGAUAACGGCGAGUACGGGCCGUUUGCGAUCCCCAAGCGGGUCUACCCCUCGUCGUCAGAGGUGUCUAGCCGUCGCAACUCGUUCAACACUAACAUCAAGCGGCCCAGCAUGCCGGAACUGCUCAGUCUCGAGUCGAAUUCUGUGCCCCCUUCCCCUAAUGCCACGCCGGCACAGGACUCUCACAGCCCCAAGAUGCACCCGGACGACCAGCUGAACCUGGCUGGCGUGCCCUCGCCUAAUCUGGUCUUCAAAAAGCUCACCUUAAAGAAAAGAAUGGUACCCAAAGCGAAAUCGUUCAAACGGGUCGUAAUCGACCUGGAAAACGAGUUAUCGCCGCUCGACACAGAGAUCCAGCACGAGUCGCUGAUAAUGGCUGCCCUCAAGGACGAGCCACACAUAUCAUCCUCCCAAAUAACCACAACCAUGUUGGCAAGACCCUCCAUGCUCAACCAGGACAACCUGAAAGCAUUCGAAAUCAUCAACAAGGCAAACGAACUGUGGAACCAGCGACCCGUGCUGCGCUCCCGCUCGAACUCGGCCGCCUCUACGGUGUCCGACAUGACUCCACAGCCGCCCCAGGCUGCCAUCCAUACACCGCGCGUGAAACGACGCCCCGACAACGAGCCCAAGGCCAGCUCGUCAAAACGUCGCGUCGUUUCCAUCGCACCCUCACCUCCGUCGCCCUUCUUGCCGCCCAGCCACAAGAACCCGAAACUUGCCCACCCAACCACGGUCGAACCUGAGUCCGUCGUGGUUGCGAAGGUGCGAGGUGUGCCUCGGGACAGAUAACACGGCCGCAAUCUGCACCAACAAGUUGACACAAAAAAUUAUAUCCGGAUGAUGCUGGUCAGGCACUUCAGUAAGGCCAUCUCCAGAUGUGCUAAGGUCGACUCGUCGGCCAAGAGCGCGCGCGCAAUCGCCAACUCGAUCGUCCAAAACAUAAACUCCAACACGCUCCCAAACAAAAACCUCGCCACAAGAAACUCCGCCAUCGACGCGGCCCUCUACUUUGACAGUCUCCAGGCACAGAACUUCUUUGAGCACGCUGAAUACAAACAACUACCGGAUGACUCGCAGUUUAUCGAGAAACACUACGACGAGCUCAGACACUACAGAGAGAAGCUGGGCAAGUCCUUUGGCGAAUUUGGCAGUGCUAGCGAGCUGUUCCGCGAGCUGAGCAAGUUCAAGCCGAAAUUCGGGUCCCGGAACACGCGCACGGUGCCCGAGACAGAGGUGUUGCAAGAUAUGGACCAGCUGGCUGUCGUCAAGUUUGAUCGCUUUAUCAACGACCUCGCCAUUACGCUGCGGCUCAACGGCGGCCAUUUGUUUACACUGGACCUGCUGUUGCACAAUAAGGAGCUGUUUGACAGCUUUGAGCAGGAGAAAAAAUGACUUUAUGUAGCGUUAACAAACCCGCGAUUUACGAUGGCAGACGUGUACAUUAAUUGAUUAAGAUUAAUUUAUUUUUCUCCACAUGUCUCUUUACACCUGGAGUCUUGAUCGCGAAACGCUGGGCCUGGGACGGCUCCCGUUUCAUUCCACGAUGGUUCAUUGGAGGUUCUCGGAUGCUGUAUACGUGGUGCUGGUGAUUCUUCUGGACGGGCUGAUUUUUGAGCGAAUUGAGCCAUACCAGAGACAGUUCACUGUGAACGACCUAACAAUCAGCCAUCCGUUUGCGCCUGUCGAGCGUGUGAGCGCUGAGAUGCUGCUGUGGGUGGUUACUGUUGUUCCUCCGCUGAUUAUUAUUUUCUUCGUUCUGUUGCUCACUCCUAAACAGCACAAGUUCUAUGUUCUCUAUGUGAGCAUAUUAGGACACUUUGUUGCCCUUGGAACCUGCGUCUUUGUGACAGACGUGUCGAAGAACUGGAUUGGCCGGUGUCGGCCUGAUUUUCUCGACAGAUGCCAGCCAGAUCCGACAGCGCUCAAGGACACUCUCUACUACGCAAAAGAGAUCUGCACCACCAGACACAAAAAGAAGCUCCUGGACGGCUUCCGCACUACCCCGUCGGGCCACUCCAGUAUGAGCUUCUCCGCAUUGGGCUACACGUCGCUCUGGCUCCUGGGCCAGCUGCAGGCUACCAGAAUGGAAGUCGGAGCAUGGCGGUCUGUGGUUGCCAUGUUGCCCACAUUGUAUGCUUUCUAUGUGGCGAUGUCCCGCACACAGGACUACCGCCAUCACUUUGUGGACGUGCUGCUUGGCUCUGUGCUCGGCUGGCUGCUGGCCUGGUGGUCCUAUAGAAGAGUCUUUCCUCCCGUGACCAGUCCCGAAAGCCACCUGCCGCACGCGUUGACGCAGUCCGAGCCCAGCUACACCAGACUUGGUGACGACGCUUACCCGCUCACGUCCCACCCGGACGACGCCAACUCUGAGAUCCGCUCUGCUGUGUAACGUAGAAUAUACUGUACCAGUUAUCACCGGCCGGGUAACUAUCUUGUCAGAGGUGCUACGCGAACAGAUAAAAAACGGAUCCAAAAAUAUCUUGUUUAACCAUGGAAUCACCCAGAAACUCCACCUACUGUCUGCUUUCAGACGGCGACCUGCAUUUUCUGCCGUACCAGGAUGUUUCUCGCGCGGGUGGUCUGCCAUAUCACUCUUUUCUAGCCAGCAAGACGAUGUCUUCGCUUGCAGCCAGUGCCACAGCCUCCCAGCCUAACUCAGGUUCCGAUAUGGAGUCCCAGAGCGCCUCUGGAUCGUCGUCACUGUGCGAAGGAGUUCCGGGUACCCAUAGUCUCCAAAUGUCUGCUCUUUUAAACCGCUACGCUACACAUGCGUUGUAUCUCCCCAACAUUUACAUCGAGC